CGUGUCCUCUUGUCUGGGAGAGGGGAAGCACAUCUGAGGACAUCUCUGUGACCAGGCCAGAAACCGCCCACCCACAGGUGAGGCCCGGACCCCUGCCCAGGUAUGGGCAGAUGGCCGUUUCCCCCACCUUCUGCCACCUUCCUGAAACGUGGUGCCAGGGGCAACUUGGUGUGUGAGGGGAAGGAAGCCUGGGCCCUGGGGCCUGGGCUGAAGAAGAGGCCCCACCAUCCAUCCAUGUUCCUUCUCCGGGAUGGACGUGGGGCCCAGCUCCCUGCCCCACCUUGGGCUGAAGCUGCUGCUGCUCCUGCUGCUGCUGCCCCUCAGGGGCCAAGCCAACACAGGCUGCUACGGGAUCCCAGGGAUGCCCGGCCUGCCCGGGGCACCAGGGAAGGAUGGGCACGAUGGACUUCCAGGGCCUAAGGGGGAGCCAGGAAUCCCAGCCAUUCCCGGGACCCGAGGACCCAAAGGGCAGAAGGGAGAACCCGGCACACCUGGCCAUCCUGGGAAAAAUGGCCCCAUGGGACCCCCUGGGAUGCCAGGGGUGCCCGGCCCCAUGGGCAUCCCUGGAGAGCCAGGCGAGGAGGGCAGAUACAAGCAGAAGUACCAGUCAGUGUUCACAGUCACUCGGCAGACCCACCAGCCCCCUGCACCCAACAGCCUGAUCAGAUUCAAUGCGGUCCUCACCAACCCGCAGGGAGAUUAUGACACGAGCACUGGCAAGUUCACCUGCAAAGUCCCCGGCCUCUACUACUUUGUCUACCACGCGUCGCAUACAGCCAACCUGUGCGUGCUGCUGUACCGCGGCAGUGUCAAGGUGGUUACUUUCUGUGGCCACACGUCCCAAGCCAAUCAGGUUAACUCGGGCGGUGUGCUGCUGAGGUUGCAGGUGGGCGAGGAGGUGUGGCUGGGUGUCAAUGACUACAACGACAUGGUGGGCAUCCAGGGCUCCGACAGCGUCUUCUCCGGCUUCCUGCUCUUCCCCGACUAGGGCAGGCAGAUGGGCUCAAGCCAUCCACCUCCCUCAGCUUCCUGCAUGGACCCACCUUACCGGCCAGUCUGCAUCCUUGCCUAGACCAUUCUCUCCGCCGGAUGGACUCCUCCUCCAGGGAGCCCACCCUGGCCCACCCACCCCCAACCCACUCCACCCCACCACAUGGGUUCUCCCCUUCCUCUGAACUUCUUUAGGAGUCACUGCUUGUGUGGUUCCUGUGACACGUAACCAAUACCUUCUGGUACUGCCAUUCUUUUUUUUUUUUUUCAAGUAUUGGAAGGGGUGGGGAGAUAUAUAAAUAAAUCAUGAAAUCAAUACAUA